AUGAAUCGAAGAAGGGAUCGGAUAUCGGAAUUACCAGAUCCUAUCAUCCAUCAGAUCCUCUCUCUCGUUCCGACCAAAGAAGCUGCUCGGACGAGCGUUCUUUCGAAGCGCUGGCGAUACACGUGGACUUCAAUCUCCACAGUGAAGCUCUUCGACUUCUGUUUCAUUCGAGAGAGGUUUUAUGAAAGUGUGGACGAGUGCAUGAUGAGCCAUGAAAGAGAUGCUUCUCUCAAUAAGUUUAGGCUUUACACAAAGUACUUGUACGGAAAACGUCCUCUCAUGGAUAAUUGGAUGAACAUUGUUGCUCAGAAAAAUGUGAAAGAGUUGGAUCUCCACCUCAAACCACAUUUCAAGAAGGAAUUUUACCCCUUACCUCAAGCCUUACUUCGUUUGAGGUCGCUAACUGUUGUGAAGUUGGAAAACUUGUCGCUGGAGAAUCUUCCCUCUGUAAGUCUGCCUUCACUGAAACUGUUGGUCCUGAGAGAAAUCUCAAAGCUUGACGACAAGGGAUUGGAAACUCUGUUGCUGGGCUGUCCCCACCUUGAGAAACUGCUUCUGGACGGCUGCGACGAAUUGUCGAAUCCUCGGGUUUCGAGCUCGACUAUCAAGUCCUUGGAAAUCUUCCUGAAUUUUAAAUGCAAGUACGGGUUAGUUCUUGUCGACGCUGCUGAUCUCCGAUCUUUCGUGUUCAAUGUAACCAGCAAAGGCAGCUGUGACCGCAUCAACUUCUCUCGUGCUGCGUCGAUCAGAAAUGUGUCGUUUACUAAUUAUGUCAACUUCGACGACAACUGGCUGGAAGGUCUGAUUUCUAGAAUGCCCCUUCUUCAGAGUUUGGCUUUGGAUAAUUGCUGCAGCUUGAGGAACAUCAAAAUCAAUUGUGAGGAUCUGAAAAGCCUUUAUCUGAGAGAGACUAAGGAAUGCAAUGGAGAAAAUCUUAUAAUCAAUGCUCCAAACUUGCUCUCCUUUACCUAUGAAGGUAUGUCAAUGCUGAACCUGUCAAUCGAUGCGCCAAAAGUAUCCCAAGUCAAUAUCCUAAUUUCUGCGGAGGCGAGUAGCAAGGCUUACGAUAUCGAAUGGUACAACAACCUGAUCGAUUUUCUUUCGAAUCUCGAUUGCGCCGAGACUCUCAACAUCCAUGUCUGCUCUGAAAAGGCUUUGAUCUUCCCAAUCGAAUCGAGGAAUGUGCGGUUUUCGCCAUUGCCGAGCCUCAAGAAUUUGAAAGUGAAGACGCACCGUCCAGUGUUUAGGAAGAAGAAGAUGAGCGAGUCCUUGGGUUGGGUUGCGCCGUCUGUGCAGACCUUGUCAAUUGAACAAGAAUUUCUUCGUUGGUGCUGUUUCAACUAG